CAGUAAAUAAAUAAACGUAUCAGAUAAUAUUUCUACAAAUGCAUACUUAGAUAACUUCUGACCUAACCUUUUUAAAUUAAGGCCUACAGGUUGGGGUUCCGCAACUCGUACACGACAUGGAGAACCUCACUGUGACAACCACUUCUGCUGUGGUCAAGACGAUGAGCUCGGGCUUACAGGAUUGCCCUGUUUGCGUCGUCAUUUGGCUAUUCUUGAAAAAAUUCGCUGACGUGAUAAUUGCUGUGCUGGUUAGCGGAGUCCUCUUCAUGAUUAUUGGGCUGAUCAUUUUCUGCUGGUACAGAAAAAGGGUGAAACACAAAAUCCAAGAAAUUACCCGCAGGACACGAGAAAAGGGAAUAGAUGACUACACACCGAGGCCCAGGUCAGAGCCCAAUGCGUACGCUCGCAAUCCGAAUUCACAAAUAUACGAGGAACUCGGUACCUUUGGGCCUCCUUUAUCCAUCAAGACAUUAUCUGUACCCGACCCUCCUGACAGCACCCAUGAUAAAAACCACAGUGGUAAGACUGGUAGAGGGGCUGAAAUAGUGGUUCCUGAAAGAGACAACCACAGGAUAUCGCCGCUACCUGAUGCCCACCGAGGUUCAAAUGGAAUCGUCAUACCUCAUCCAGACACCCACCGUUUGUGCCCCAUUCCCAACGAUGGGACUAACCCUCACCGCCUCUCUGGGCUGGAGGACGGAGACUACUUGCAUCCCACGCCAGAACCCGUUAGAAAGGCCGACCAUCGCGCAGUGGAUAAUUCAUAUAGCUCCGAUUUCGGCGACGGUGAAUUGUCCACUUUUUCCUCUGGAAACCAUGCAACUAAUGAUAAAACUGAACGUCGCACUGAUUCCGAAUAUUUGCGCCCUGUCAUGAAUCCAGACGGAGCAGACGGCGUUCAAAGUCCUAUCUGGAACACGGGUGUGAACUCGCUGGGACCGAAAGACGACUCUACCGAUAUUUACGACAACAAUCCAUAAAAACUCACUUAAAAUCUCUUGCCAUACGGUACCCCAGAUCAUGGGAAGUCCACGUUAUGUCCCGUUAUUGUCAGUUGUGAAAUGUAAUUCUGAAAUCGACCAACAUG